ACGCCGUCAACCUCCAUUAUUCUUCAUCCUCCACAAACAUUCAUCCAUACGAGAUUGCGCAGUGCUGGACACUCCAGCCUUCUGCACAACCGAGCCCCUUUACGACAUAUGGAGACUAGACACAGGUAGUCUAGUAGUCAUCCUCGUUGCAAGAAUGGCUUCUUCCACAGCGUCGACCGCCACCCCUGUGCGGCAUACUUUCGAGAGACGGGUUGAGGAUGUCAAGCCGCUGAAAGGUGACAUCAAUGCUCUUAUUCUCGACUACCUUACCACUGAAGGGUAUCCCUCUGCCGCUGCAAAAUUUUCCAAAGAAGCGAAUCUCCGCCCGCAACAGGAAGAAGAGUCCGUGAAGGCUCGCCGGCAGAUCCAACACUCCAUCCACUCUGGGAACAUUCAAGAAGCUGUCGAUGCACUGAACGAGCUAGAACCUCAGGUUCUUGAUAGCAACCCCUCCUUACACUUCGCCCUUCUUCGACUUCAACUGGUCGAGCUCAUCCGCACAUGCAAUGCAACACCCGGCGGUGAUAUUACCCCGGCGCUGAACUUUGCAACAGCACAGCUGGCUCCGAGGGCACCUACAAAUAAGGAGUUCAUGGAAGAUUUGGAGAGAACAAUGGCGCUGCUCGUAUUCCCUUCGGAUAGCCUCGAGCCCCCUCUUGCUGCAUUGUUACAGCCUGGGCUCCGCCAAUCUGUAGCGGAUAGAGUCAACAAAGCAAUACUAGCCUGCCAAAAUCAACGACGUGAUGCUGCAAUCAGAAGUCUUGUUCGCCUGCGAGCGUGGGCGGAGAACACGGCACGAGAAGCGAAGAGGGAUCUCCCCGCCACGAUCGAGUUGGGGCUGGAUGGAGAUGAGAGACACGAAGCUCAUGAGAACGGGCAUGAGCCAAUGAUUACAUGAAAUGAGAGUGUAGGGCAUUCAUGGGAAGUUUUUAGGGGGGACUUUCUCUCGGGAUGCUUGGGCUUGGGCUUUGGGACAACGGCGGGCAUG